UUUUUCGUCCCUCGCGGUCUGGCUAAAAUGGUAUCGAAUGUUGCGUUUAAAUUCGGACGCGGACCAGCGGAUGUCUGCUGCUGUGCGGCGUAGUCAAUGUGGCAUCGGAACGCGAAACCGGGUAGGUGGAAACGUGUGCUGCCAAGUAUCGGCGAUAUGCCAACGAAUUAUUGAAAACCCCUACCACUGCCCGAUAUUGGUCAACGUGUUCCGCAUGAGCGCUGUUGAGGUUCACCUUCCUUUUCCCCUGAAACACGGUGCGUAGCGUUUUAGUGUGAACCUACGAUUAAAGAUGACUCCACCUCCUACGGAAGAGCAGCCUUAUAAGGUGGUCCCGAUCCAUAAGCAUCGCGAGCUGAUGGACCAGUGCAUAGCGCUAAUCAAUUCCGAGUGGCCUCGCUCCUAUACGGCCCGGCUUUGGAGUCUGGAAUCGUCGAAGGAAACGCUACCGACAAGCUUCGUGCUCACGGCGGACGAUGGCAAGGAAACGGCCGUCCUUGCGCACGCCAAACUUUCGCCCAUUCCAGCCGAUCCGCAUGCCGUUUUCGUCGAAAGUGUGGUAGUGGCACGGGAACGCCGCGGUCAAGGCAUUGGCCGUCUGCUGAUGCGGGAGGUGGAAAAUCAUUGCUUCACAACCCUGCGGCUAGACAGGAUUUAUCUGUGUACGAUCGACCAGCAAGCAUUUUACGCCAAGCUCGGUUACGAGCUGUGCAAAGCGAUCAACAUUUUCGGCUCGCGGCCCACAUUCAACCAGAGCACGAAGAAAACGUGGAUGACUAAAGGUGCCCCAAGCAAGUGAAGAUGGGAGAUAACAAAAUCCGAACAACCCCACUCAAAAGACGGUGUAAGUAAAAGCGGGUAACGCGGAACGGAAUGUAUUUAUCGGCUUCCAAGGCUUCGUUCCCGAGCGCGCGGGUUCGGGGCGGAAGCCAUUUAUUGUAGGUGAAUUAGGGUAGAAGCACGCACAGUUACAAAACUCUAGAUGAAAUGUUAUUUAUUCAAAUGAGCUCUAUUAAUAAAACAUAACGGUAACGGAAGGAUUCGCUUGGCAAA